CCUUCUUCUCUCUUUUCUCUCAACUUUUACCAUUUCAACCCGACAACGUAAUACUAUAGCACAUAUCAAGUAACCAUGGCUAACUUCAGCGGCGCCGAUAUUUUCCUCUUCAUUGUUGGUUUCUUCCUCCCACCUUUGGCUGUUGGCCUCAAGAGAGGUUGUACAGCUGACUUCCUCAUCAGCAUUGGAUUGACGCUUCUCGGACACGUUCCUGGCAUUGGCUAUGCCUGGUACAUUGUGUACAAGUACAGGGAUGAGCCUUCAGAAUAUAACCGAUAUCACGGACGCACAUAUGUCGCCGUUCCUCAACAGCAUAAUUAUCAAGCUACUGCUCAGACAGCCCCAGCCCAUCCACCUGUCGUUUAAGCUGAAUUAGUUAGCUGAGUCCUUUGAAUACAACAUCCAACUUUUCCAUACUUUUUUUUUUCCCAUGUCUAUAACAUUUCAUUAAAUGAAUGGACGUUCUGUUUCAUCAAUUUCACGCG